UGACUUAUGACAUUGCCCAUAAUGACUUAAUACAAUCAGAAAUAUCACAAAGAUAUAUACCAUGGUAUAGCCUUUGAAUGCAGUUGACAAAUGUCUAUCAUCACACAGUAAGUACUGUAUUGUCACCUUACCCUGCUCUGAUAUUAUAUUUUGCACAUCUUGGAUUUUCUAGUCUGUUCUUUUUGUAUAUCAGGGCACAUCCUCCUAUAAUUAUCACACCUAAAUACUGUAUUUCUGAGAGGAUCUAAGAGAAAAUCCAGUAUAAUCGCUUUAUGGGGUUGCAAGGGGAUAUUGUGUGACAUAUAAAUACAGUCUCAAGCAAAAUGGGCUUGGCUGACUGGUGUUUAAUUUGUCUUCACAUGAGAUUUACAUUAAAUAAAAGGCAGCCAUUAAAAGCAUUUGUAACAAGAUGAUAAAUGGUGCUGUGGCGGUUUUGUUAUGAGCAGAUGAUCAAAUGUGUCAUAUGCCUCAGUGGUUUGUGAAUAUUCAAGAAUGUCAGCUCAUGUAUGUGUUUUUUUUUUUUACUAUACACAGCAGAUGCAAUAAGCUGAGAUAAUUGGUGUAUAUCUAAUUUACCGUAUAAAUGACAAAAGCUCAGUCCCCUUAUUUUCUUGAUGAUGAAUUGUUUAAGGUUUUUUUGUUUAUUUUAAAUUACAUAUGAAGAAAAACUGUUUAAACACAUACUAAUCCCACAGAACUAUAGAGAAAAAGUACUCUAAAUUCUUGUCAGUAAUCGUCUCCUCAUGUCUUAUUCAUUAGGCCAAAUCAUUUUUGGUGUUUGUUGUAAUUGGUUCAGGUGGAGUCACAGUAGAAAAUAAACUGCAGAAUAAAUAUGCCACACCAUAACUGUAGAUCUACUCAAAUCCUCUGUUGGCGUACUUAGAUAAACUGUGACUGUGCGCUCUAGGACUUGGUAAUUUCCUCUGAUGCAGCCGAGUGUCUGACCAGUUCUACAUGACUUGUAACAUCCAGGGGCUUAGUCACUGACCCUGAUGUGUGAAUGACCUGGGAGUUUAUGUUCUGCGAUCUCAGCCCACAGGGGGUAGAGUCACUCCUGUGUAAAGAGACCUUUGUGGUUGUGGCAUGCGGCAGGGUGGUGCAAGACGGGGCUGAUUUUUUCCUCCCGGUGAAAACGUGUCCCAGUUCACCUUUUCAUUACAUGGCGUUCCACGUCAACAGUGCUCUAUUGGAGCUCUAAACUUCCCAUUCCCUCCCGGAGAAUUUCACAGGCAGCAUCCAACCAUUCAGUGUGUUUAGACUGUAGUCACUUGGACUGGCUUCUGUGCUCAAAACUGGCCCGGGACAGAGGUUGCAACAGGAUGUGAGAACUGGCCCUCCAGAUGUGUUACACAGAAAACUCAAAGACAUUCAGGCUCAUCAGAAAUUCAAAAAAUGAUGGUCAUGUAUCAGGCUUUUCACUUCCUUACACAGUGCUGCUUGUUUCGUGUCAAACACCCGAGUACCUUGCUGUAGUGUGUGAAAAGGCCAGUCUGUUGCCUGUGGCUCUGCUGAUUAAUAGCAGCAGUUUCACUAAUGUGUCGGCCCCUAGGCCAGACCUGCGAAUCGUUUAACAGUGAUCCAUAAGGAAUUGCAGACACGCUCAGGAUUCUGUUUGUGGCACCUGACAGAUCCAAUAAACAAAUGUUUUCACAAACCCAGAUGUCUGAUUCAGGAUUUAAAAAGACCAACUGUAGAUCCUCUGUGCUUGCUUACAUAUUUUUGACUUUCUAAUUGAGGCAUUUUUGUGGGCACACAUCAAAAUUACUUUGCCAAUUUCCUCAGGGUGGAAACUGUCUCAUUUACUCUUGCUGUGUUAUUGACCCUUUCACUGGCAGAGGAAGUAGGCAGGAUUAUGUUAAAAUCUGAAGAUUAGUCAGGGAUCUGAGCCAAGCUGCUAUUAUCUUAAAAGUGAACUAAUAUUAAUCCCACAGGAAUGUGCAAGAAAUUCCCAAAUAGGCAUCAUUAAAGCCACCCUUAUCUUCAUUUGACUAUCCACUGUCUGCCCUCUACAGACUUACAAGCAUACUGAAUGGCCUCCGGGCCCUCAGCCCUGCAAUUUAUGGCUCAGUGACAAGCAGGCUUUCCCCUUCAAUUUCAGCACUGUGCAGUUAUACCUCUUAGCAUUUGGACAUGUGUCCCCCUCAGUCUCAGUCAGUCUUCUAGGAGCACAAAGACAUACUAUGGGGAAGCAGCAAGUCAUUAGCCCAUCACCAGAUGGUCUACUGUACCAGCAGCCCAUGUCACUGAGGCCCUCUGUUGAAAAGAUCUCCUCCCAGUGUUGACAUGGAGGAGCAGCUGGUAGUUUGGACCACAGGCUGCCCUGCUACCUAUCAGUGGGUGGUGGGAUUAUCACUCUAACCCAGACAGCUCUGUCUUUUUAAGCAAGCAGCUUUGCAGUUACAGUUUAAUUACAAAAUUGUGCUUGAUUACAGUCUGUCACUCGUAUUUCAUUUGUGCCCUCACAGUUGUUUUUCUGCUCAUUUUUUAAAAAGUAACUUCUACAAAGACUGACUCAUAACAGUGUACUAGCUUUCAGUCUCACAUGGUGGGUGGGCAUGUUCCUGAAAUGCACUGGUGCACUUAAAGAUAACAGGGACUUUCUCGUGGGAAGGACUGGCUUAGAUUCCAGUAUAACACACUCAGCUAUUUUCUGUUCUUACCUUUUAAAGAUAUGAUAUUUUUGGCUUCACAGAACAAAGUACAGUGAUGCUUUGCGCACCUAACACAUAGAAGAAGAAAAGGAGAAGAGCCUCUGUGUAACCACCACCCUGACUCGGCAUCACAGUGCAGUUUCACAUAUUCAACAUGACUUUUCACUUCCCCAUUUCAAUGAGUAGUUAAAACAAAAAGCUAGAAGUGUUCAGACAAAAAGGAGGAAUUGAGAUCAAGUAGAUACUCACAGCUGUGCUCAAAUGCAAAAUGUGUAACUGACAGGUUGAUGUUCAUUUCAUUUACAGGGUGAAACAUCGCCUACAGCGAGGAAUACAAAUAACUGGAAGGGUCUUUAAAGAAGGCAACCGGAGACUUGCAAGAUUGGCAGAACCUAUUAAGAAGCAGUCUGUAAAAACAUAUCCAGACACAGCUACAUCCAAGAAUGAGGAUCAAAUACACAAUAUCCAUCGUCUUUUUCGUGGCACUUGUUAUCAUUGAGAAGGAAAACAACAUUAUCUCAAGGGUGUCAGAUAAACUCAGCUCCAAGCAGACCCCCCAGACUCCUCUACAGCCAAGUGGUCUCUCCCACAUACUGCUGAAGCACAAUGGUUCCUUUGCCUCACUCAGCAAGAUGGACUCUGCCUUCACCCUGAUGAAGCGUCGCCUGGAGAACUAUAGUGAGCACCAGGAGGUGAUGAGAAGGGGCAGGAAACACAUCCUCCUGUUAGCCACCACCAGGACGGGCUCCUCAUUUGUGGGCGAGUUUUUCAACCAGCAGGGCGACAACAUGUUUUACCUGUUUGAGCCGCUGUGGCACGUGGAGAAGAUGUUGACGCUGGAGACCGGAGGCACCAACGCCACGGCGGCAGCCAAGGCGUACCGUGACGUGCUCCAGCAGCUCUUCCUGUGUGACUUCUCCCUGCUGGAGAGCUUCAUUGAACCCCUCCCCGUGGACCAUAUCACAACCGCCCUCUUCCGCAGGGAGUCCAGCAGCUCUUUGUGUGAGGACCCGGUCUGCAGCCCCUUCAUCAAAGGGGUCUUUGAGCGCUAUCACUGCAAGACCAGGCGCUGUGGGCCCCUGAACCUGACCAUCGCGUCUGAGUCCUGCCUCCAGAAGGAGCACAGGGCAAUCAAGUCAGUGAGGGUGCGCCAGCUGGAGACUCUCCGUCCUCUGGCUGAGGACCCACGCCUUGACGUGAAGUUCAUCCAGCUGGUUCGGGAUCCUCGGGCUGUACUGGCCUCACGCAUGGUGGCCUUUGCAGCUAAAUACAAGAACUGGAAGCAGUGGGCCAUGGACGGGGAUGUACCCAUUGAUGAUGAUGAAGUGAGAAAGCUGAAAGGGAACUGCGACAACAUCAGGAUGUCUGCAGAGAUCGGCCUCAGGCAACCACCAUGGCUGCGUGGCCGUUACAUGCUGGUGCGGUAUGAGGACAUCGCUCGGUUCCCCAUGAGGAAGGCGACGGAGAUGUACAGGUUUACUGGAAUCCCAUUCACCCCACGAGUGAAAUCCUGGAUCCUGAAGAACACCCAGGCCUCCAAGGAGACCAGUGGUGUUUACUCUACACAGAAAAACUCCUCAGAACAAGUAGAGAAAUGGAGGUUCAGUUUACCUUUCAAAAUAGCCCAGGUUGUACAGAGGGUUUGUGGCCCAACGCUGAAACUUUUUGGGUACAAAUUUGUAAGCAGCGAAGAAAUGUUAACAGAUAAGUCUGUUAGUUUGAUUGAGGACAAAGUGUUCAACUUUUUAUAGAAUCUGAUGGACAUGAGGUCUGAAUCCGAUGCAAGAAAUUCUGGAAUGACUGAUAUUUAUUAGGGUCCUUUAUUCCUGAUGCAGAGAGCUAUAUAUUUUCUGAUAGUGUGCUAUUUAAAGUUUUUUACUAUUUAAAAAUAGUUUGAUGAAGACAAUGCAUUGUUGAGCAGAAAAUACAGUUAACGCUUUUAACUAUUGAUGCAAGGAUGUUUAAAUGUUACAUAUGGGCAUAGCAUGGUGAAAAUAGGAAGCUAGAGUAUCUUUGUUUUUGCACUCUGGACUAUUCUCUCAGUCCAACACAAACUGUUUUGUUGGCUUGUCCUGCAAGCCUGUCCAAAUUUAAUUCCUUAGCAAAUUUGUGAAAAUCCUAAGGGAGAUAGCUUCGGGUUUGUGAGCAAUAUAUGAGCUGUUUCAAACACUUCCAGGAACCUCAUUAGUUAUAUUUGUUAGCAACACAAGCUGCUUUUACACCAAAGAAACUUGAAAUUAAAUAUAAAGCACAGCCAAAAAAACAGUCGCUUUUUAGAGCAAUGCUCAUAGCAGGAAGAGGAAAUACCAGUGUUUUGCCAGGCUAUUUCUACAUUCUACAUUUAAAAGUAAUGUUCCAUGCUAAAUUUAUUUAUUUAUUCUCUUUGCUGAAAGUUCAUAAUGACUCCAGUUCUGAAUGUGCUCCACAGGUCCUCUUCCCCGCUGUAGGGGUCUUUUUCUUGCACACGUAUAUAGUAGUUUGCUGUACAUGCAUGUUUGUAAUUGGCCAAAAAUUGUUUGAAGUUAUCCUUUGGACUGUAAGGACCCUUUCUGUAAAAACAGAUGUUUACACUGCUACUGUAUGCAAACAUUCCAACUGCAGCUGGUUUGCAGGAUUGUGCGAGGUUUGUCAGCAGGUCUCUGUCUGUUGACACAAGUCUGUUGGCUGGUGAUAAAAAGGGGCCCUGGUACUCUGGCCUGCCAGACUGUUUGAUGAUGUUCCAGUCUGUUCUUUUGGCAUUUUGUUUGUUACAAUAAACCUUGUACACUGACUGUAAAACAUCUCAUUUUUAGUUAGGGCACAAUUCAAAAAUUGUGAAAAUAUUGCAACCAUAACUAUAGCAAAAUUGUUAAUUUGUUAACUUGUCUGAAAGAGUUUACAUCCAGUUGACAGCGCAGCUUCCACAUUCUGUCAUCAGUUGUCUCAUGGAGGCUAAGCAAUGUCUGAACAACAGGAAAGAAGUGUAGCAGAUCAAUAUCAAAGAUACACAGGUGGUGUAAAAUAACACAAACAGAAAAACUGAGUCAGUAGUUCCCUUGAAUAAAUACUACUUUUUAAACCUCGAA